AUGCCCGCGGCCUCGACCGCCUCGCCGGCCACCAGGACCCGCCAUGGACUUGCUCGCGGGCCUGGCUACGUCGCAGGAAGAGCUAGGCGGCACUACAGUGGAGCUUCCACCGUCUCCUACCUCAUCUCCUGCGGCCUCUCCUCUGCCGCCUCCGCCGCCACGGCCACCAAUCAGAAGACCCGCAUCCUUUCGAACGACAAGGCCGACGCAGUGCGUGCCCUCCUCAAAGACUAUGGCUUCACCAACGCGGACAUCGUCCGGACGUUGCGCAGCGCCGCGUCGAUCCUCAUCUUCGAUCCCGAACGGAUCCUCCGCCCCAAGCUCGACUUCUUCGCCUCCCUCGGCUUGGAGCCCCGCAAGAUCGCCAGCGAGCCUAUCCUCCUCGCGCGCAGCCUCGACAAGCACCUCGUUCUGUCCAUCAAGUUCCUCCGCGGCAUCAUCGGCAGCGACGACGACCUCCGCAUCGGCUUCUCCCGCGUCCCUCGGGGCCUCAUGGCUGACGUGGAAAAAAACAUGCGCCCCGCCGUGGAAGCUCUCCGCCGAGGCGGCUUGACCGAGGCGGCCAUUUCCAAACUCCUCGUCAUCCAUAUGGGCAGGGGCGCGGAGAGAGGGAGGUGGAUUAAGAUGUUUGUUCGGCCGUAG